AUGGAACCUUCCAAGCAGAAGAAGCCUUCGCUGCCUCGGCUGGCCACGAAUCUUCCGGCGGAGUCGCAGUCGUCGCCUUCCCUGCCGCUUCAACGGAGACGAUCCCAAGAGCUCAACGUGAAGCCCAGGCCUGAGCGACCGAUCACUUUACCAUCUCCAUUCCCAGGGCGAGAGGAAAACAUUGUUCCUGCUGUGCGUUAUACCCCCGAGACGAAGGGCUUGUAUAUGGAGGAGGACUUCGGCGACCCGGCGAUCAUUAAGAAAAAGACACAAUACUAUCGCGAUGCCUUCGCCACACGCAGUUCACAUAACUCGCCCCAGGAGAGGGUUACACAGGACUCGGUCGUUGUGGUUGAAUUGAAAACAAACUAUAAACCAAAAAAUCAACAACAGAAACUUGUAUCCGAUCUGAUCCUUCGAUUGGCCGAGAUCUAUCAACGUCCAGAGAGUUGCAUCAUGCUUACUAUUGAACAAGACGCGGGAGUCUUCUUCGGCAGCACUUCUGAACGAUCGUAUCUAAUAAAGGUCUACGCUCUACCGUCAUUCGUCGCACCAUUAACAAACCUCCGCAAUACAAACUUAAUCCAGGUGGCUAUGGUGGAACUUUUGGAUAUUCCAAUCAGCCGAGGAGUUAUCGUCUACAUUCCAGUACCGGAUGAAAAUUUCGCGACAAAUGGUGUUACUGCCAGGGGUGAGAUCUCUCGACUAGAACAACGUGACGAAGAGGACAGCCCGGGUAUCAUCGAAUCUAUCUCCCGCUCGAUGUCUCGUCGUUUGAAAACCAGCAGCGGCAAUAGUGUGCCAAUAUCAUUGCCAUCUACCGUGGGAACUGCGACUACCUCUCCAUCGAUGAAGACCGAGAUUCACCAUUCACCCAUCAAUUUGCCAGGUUUACCAGAAUCCCCGGGAGAAGAAAAAGAAAGGGGACGCAGGCUUCGGAAGCGCAUGUCUUUGCGCAGUAUUGUUCGUCGUCGGCUUAAUGAGAUCAAGCCGAAUCGAGAGAAGGAUGAAAAAGAAAAGGCGAAGGAGAGUACGAAGAGUGGAAAGGAGAGAGAAGAUGAUCAGGGGAAAUCCAAGCAGGGGGACACUCAAGUGAAGGCGGAGGAGCAAAACCCUCAGGAGACGAAGGGUCAGUAG